AUGCUGGGGGGAGCAGAGACCGUCAGUUCCGGGAAGACUCGUGCAGAGAACAAACACCAGCAGAGAACAGCAGACGGCGGACCGACUAUACCUGAUGGAGCUGCCAAAGGCUUUGUCUUCGGAAGCGUUGCUGAUGCUCAGGGAAGCCGCAACUCCCGAGACAUAGCGAAUAAGCUCUGCGAUGAUGUCUUCGUCUGGUUCACCCAUUCGAAAGAGCCGCUUUACAUUGAGGAUUUGGAUGAAAAGUUGGAUCAAGGCCUGCUGUCGCUCAAUACUGAAGCCGACGACGGCAGCAUUGGAGAGGUAGCGGAGAAAUUAAUGAUCUUGCACGAAGAAUGCAGCGAAGGAAAUUACAGCUCCAUCGAGAAGUUGAGGGAGGCGUGUGCUCACAGGAUGGUUCAUUCUCAUGUCAAACAGGCUCCCGAGCGAUCCUCGAAGGAAUGGUGGUGGACUCGACUGUUGAGCAGCUGAUCGAUAAGGAGAUCAACUCCAAAUUUGGGCAGAAAGAAGUAACCUUUUAAAGAUACUUGGGCUUAGAUCUCCAACAAGAAAGCAGUUUCGAUUACUCGACAAUACGGCUUGCUCCAUCACAAACCUGUUCCUUUCAUGAAUCAUAUGCAUUUUUUUUCCUUUCUUGCUUAGCUAAUAUUCAUGUUUGGUGAAGCUGUGUAAAUCUCGCGUGCAUUUUUGGCCAGUGUUCCCAAUAUAUGUUUGUAUAAGUUUGCAUCCGGAUAGAUCAAAUAGUUUGCAUUCCGUUGCACCGACGUUAAAUGAAACCUUUGAGCUGAUUAUUCUUCUAAAUUCGAGUUGCUUUGUCA